UUGUAAUAGAGUUACAAGUUUUAUCCCUUAUGGUCAGAUGACCUCCGGAUGGAACUCUCACUGUUGAGCCUGCGCUUUGCAGACUGGAAGCUGACCAGCCCUGCAUUUGGACCACCUCUUCCGUGCCGAUUGUCGUCUCCGAGUUUUUUCAUCCAUUCCAUGCGGUGGCAGCGUCGAAAGGAAUCGACAGCUGUCGAAGCGCAAAGUGACGGUAAUUCGGGGACCAACAGCUUGCGCAAAGUGGCGGUGAUUGGUGGUGGGGUGGCUGGUCUUGCCUGUGCUAAGCGUUUGUCCACGCGGGGCAUUGGUGUUACAGUCUUUGAUACAGGAAAGCGUGAGCCCGGUGGUCGAGCUUCCUCCCGUCUUUGGCGUGGCCAAGUGGUCGACCAUGCGAGCCAGUUCAUCACAACCACUGAUCCUGAGUUCCGUGAGCACAUUGCCACCUCUGGCGUUGCCCGGCCCUUCGGAAACGAUGGGCGCUUUGGAAAGCUUGGCCCAGAUGGCUUUGCCCCCAUUGAUGAUGGUGUGGAGCGGUGGGUUGGCAUCAAAGGCAUGGGGGGCAUUGUGAGAUCACUGGCCCAUGGCUUAGAAGUUCUUCAAGAUGUGUGGGUGCCACCAUCAAACGGACUACAAGCUGGACACGGUUGGAACGUCGUGGUUCCUAGACUGCAGCAAAACUGGAGUUUUGAUGCUGCAGUUAUUGCACACAAUGGCAAGUGUGCAGAGCGGUUGACAUCUUCUACACCUGCUAGAGAGGUGCAUGCGCUACUUCGAACCAAUUUCGCUGCUUCUUUGCCCAAAAACCCUGCACCUGGAAGUGGCACAUUUACACUCAACCAAAUUUAUUCUUUGCUCUUCGAGGUGCCCAAAGGUGUAAUGCCGGAGAGUUUUGAUGCGGCUUUUGUGGAGAACGAAGAUUCUUUGAGGUGGCUUUCCUCCAACACGCGAAAGCUUCAACAGAGCGCUGAGAGCGAGGUUUGGACUGCUCUGAGCUCAGCACCCUUUGGCAAGAGACACAAGGCGCCGCAGGAGUUUUUGGAAGGCACGGCCAAGGAAGCAGAGGUCAUCGACCUCAUGCUGAAAGCUGUGGAGAAUGCCGUUUCCUUGCCUUCUGGGACUCUGAAUGGAGAGAAAGGGAAGGUGAAGGCGACAAAGCUGCAGCUUUGGGGUGCCGCCGUGCCGAUUAGCCGUUGGGCGAGCAGAGAUGGAGUUGAUUUUGUGUGGUCUGCUACGCAUAGCAUUGGCAUUGCAGGGGAUUGGCUUAGCUCCAGUCCAGAGCGAGCUUCUACCAUUGAAGCAGCUUGGAUCUCUGGAGUUCGUUUGGCAGACCACAUCGCCAGCCACGCGCAAGACGAUGCGGGCCUGCAAUUAGGUGAAAACGGUGGGGUCUUUGUCCCUGUGGAUGGAGAAUUUGGCAGCAGUGGGAGUGAAGCAGCGGCCUGGGUGGAUCCUCAAAAAGGCAAAGGGAAAGGCCGUCAAAAGGGCGGCAAGUCAAAGGGCAACAGCCGUGGCCGCAGAUAACACGUCUUCAGAUUUCAAAAGACAUCGAAGUUUCAGCAAGCAUCGAG